AAGAGUGGUAAGACGGAAGCGCCUGAGCUCAACGCAAGCACGGGAACUUGGUGCUUGAGGAAGACAACGACGCUGAAAGUUGCGAUCAUGGGGUUGCGUUCGGCUUGGAAGCAGAUGUCAUGGCUGUACUACCAGUACCUACUGAUCACCGCGCUCUACAUGCUCGAGCCCUGGGAGCGGACCGUCUUCAAUUCCCUGCUGAUCUCUGUGGCUGGCAUGGCUGUGUACACGGGUUACGUAUUCAUGCCGCAGCACAUCAUGGCGAUACUGCACUAUUUUGAAAUUGUCCAGUGAUGGAUGGUGAAAGUGCCUUCACUCAGACAUGGACGGAUUUCCGCAGACUCCGAGACUGUCUGUCUGUACUUCCGUGGAACUGUUGUCUGCCACCGGCAGGAGAGCUGCACCUUGUCAAUUUAUUUAUUAUUCCAGUUGGAGGUGGACCAGCGUGUCGCUCACUUUAUAGCUGUUCUUAUCCUUGUCUUUUGUAUGGCGCCACUUUUGUUUUUUGUUUUUUGUUUUUUUUUUUUUUCUUUUAAUCUCUGAUGUUGGUUCUGUGUUUCAACUUUUGAAGCUUUCUACAGUGAAAGGUUUGUAGUAAUUUAUCUGCCUGCCAGUGAAAUCAUUUUUAAAUUUGUUUUAUUUUAAUACUUUUUGUUUUUUUUUUUUUUUGUUUUUUUGUAACUUGUGUCGAUUGUUACCAGUUUGUUUAGGAACUUCAGAUGGGAAACAAUAAUUUUCUACUUUGUAAUUAGAUUCUUGACUACAGACCGACAAAUGUGCAUAUUUUUAUGUGUUAUUUUUAAUACCAUAAAAGUUGUGCUGCUGUCUAUUUGUUAGACGUACACAUAAUCUGUAUCUCAGGUGUUAUAUUUUUGCUGUACUACCAUUGCUAAAAAAUAUAAUCCUUAAAAACCC